GCAUGCUGCACUCAUGCGACGAUCAUAUAGGCCAUGAUUAAGGUGAAUCCAGGCUAGCUUACCGCGAUCUAGGUCGUGAAGUAAAGUACUUCCCUUCCCUCAGCAUCUGCCUGGUUCUCUAGGGCUAUGUUGUUGCUGCGUGUAGUCCCUUAUACUGGCCGACAGCACCGACUGCAUCUUGCGACCACUACGAAGUCGGAUUCACGCGCCGCCAAGUCAGUAUGUACCCAGGAAAGCCCUCAUGUUUUUGUAAUAUGGACACUUCGUCCAGACAUCGUUGCUCGGACUGAAGAUACACUCAAUAUGUCGCCUGAUUCGCACGUUAUGAGUCAUGCGACAUCAUCCACAUCACCAAGGCAUAUGUCGGGACUUUCGGACACUGCAUCUGCGAUACCUUCGGAGUCACUACAACGGGAUCACUCUUUUCGAAGUGUUCGCUCAAGAGACCAUUCGACCCGGGAAGGCACAGACAACGACCGUCAAGAUGGAGAUGACCAUUCGCAUACAGGUGUGGCCACUCGACUUCUGUGCUCAGACCAAGAGGCGACACUGAAGGCUCCGCCGAAGAAGCCCCCUGUCUCUGUUGUCGAAAGACCUCCGAAUCUACCAUAUUGGAAAUCGUUCUGGCUGUGGAAGUCGACUAUUGUGGCGUUCGCUUGUAUGAGCCUCAGUUGCAUGGUCACAGUAGUGGCUCUACUUCGUGUCCGAAUCCAAAGAUGGGCUAAGUCACCAAGGUAGUAACAAUC